CCUUGUCAAGAAGAAAGCUUGCUACCUAGCUAGGUCUAAAGGUCAGAAACGAUGCAGCGCCUAUAGUGAGCCGCUAGUAGACGCCACGAACGUUCCAAUUGGGUCGGACGCUCGCUUUGUUCACGGUCAUAAAUGAGUUCGUCGACAAGCGGGACGUUCGCCGUUCGUCACGUCGAGAAACGCCGAAUCAGCACUUGUCGGUUUGCCGACCGGGUGGCCGAGAUGUCGGUGGAUCGCUACCGUCAGCUUGUCCCCAGCGAAUACCGUCAAGCACAACAAGCCUGCCUCGCCACGUUCGUGGCGCAUGAAGCUGAUUCCGAUCGACUCUGGGUGAUUGCACUCGGAGUGGGUACCAAAUUUUUGACCGAAGCUGUACUAGAAUCAGAGCAACGCGACAACUCUGUAUACGGAACGCGUGUUCGAGAUUGCCACGCCGAAGCUCUCGCGCGUCGUGCUCUUUUGCGAUAUCUGGCACUGGAAAUAGAAACAUUGGUCGCUCCAUCCGACACGGAACCGUCGAAUGCCGAACUACAGCCUCCCGUCCGCUUGUUGGAAAAUUGCCGUGCUCUUGGUACCACCAAUCCGCUAUUUCGGAUCCGCCACGGAAUAACGUUGCACAUGUACACAUCAUCUGCUCCCUGUGGCAACGCCGUUUUGAAAAAGUUUGCUACAUUUCAGCGUGAAGUCUUUCGCGACUUGCCUCCCGAACAGUGGCCUUCCGAACCGCAUCCUCCAAUGCCCGGCCACGCCAUUCCAUUCGGGCAGUUCGCUCUACUCGUCAAACACGACGCCACUGCUGCAAUUGGUCGACCUAGUUUGACAAUUGAUCCGUCAACCUCCGCGUCGGUAUUGGUGGAAAGCGGUACGGCACCACUAGAUGGAAAGCUGGAGACGAAUCGCUCGGCAUCAUCAGGCAAAGGCUGGCCAGCCCAAACCACGACCGAUUGGUGUCCACCCGGAACCUCCACCGUUUGGAAACAGGCGGGUAGCAUCCACACUUGCUCGGACAAGCUUCUGCGCUGGAACUUACUUGGUCUCCAAGGCUCACUAAUGUCUUCUUACCUGUCAGCCCCGGUGUUUGCAACGACCUUGACCGUCGGUCGCAAGUUAAGCAAUGUCUGUUGUAGGCGUGCCGUUUGCUGUCGGGCUGUGACCAAGACAUCGCAGCGAAAACCGUCAAACUCUCCCACUUUCCCGAAGAUCCACCAUCCGGCUAUUCUGGGAACGGCCGUGUACUUGGACGAAACUGGCAUUGUCGACAUGGCCUCAUCUCGACAAGCGGAAGGCCAAGAUGUCCGCUUUCAUUCCACGCGCUGUUGGGUUUGGUGUGCUUCAGGAAUGACCGCAGUCGAAUGUUUGGACGGCAGUACCGGUUUUCUGUGGCCAGAGGAUACAACGGAUUGCCAACAAAGGAACAAGGAUGGACAACGAACGACUUCACUCGUAUGCACUUUGGUCCUGACCGAGCUCCUUGUACAAUUACGUGGGCGCACCUCUUCAGACGCACUGGGGACCACAAAGGCGGUCCCUCAGUCACUCCCGGACCUCCUGGCGCUGAAGCAACGAGUCUCACCAAGACACGAACAAACGAAACAGAAUUUACUUUCCAGGCAUCCGCUCUUGCGGCAGUGGAAACAACGAGGGUCCCGAUGCACAACAUAA